CACAUGCCAAACAAAUUGUGGGAUCCUUCAAACCUUUUACCUGCAGAAGUUCCAUGUGGGAAUCCAUAUGCUGAGGCUGUGCAUUGUGUUGAUCUACCUUUUGUACGCGGUGAAAACAGAUCCCAAGGAGACAUGCCCUGCAUUCACAGCUCUCAGCAUCGGCAAUGCUUUGGUAGGGACACACCUGAACGUGAAGCUGCUGCUCUACACCAGACAGAACCCAACCUGUGCUGAAGAGCUCAAUUCACCAGCCUCCACGUAUCUAGAUGUGACCAAGAAAACUAUCUUCAUCAUCCAUGGGUACCGAUUCACAGGCUCUGCCCCCAUCUGGAUCCCAGACUUGGUGCACCUCCUGCUUUCUGCAGAAGACGUGAAUGUCAUUGUUGUGGACUGGAACCAUGGGGCAACAACUCUCAUCUAUAGCCAUGCUUCCAGAAACUGCAAAAGAGUUGCUGAGAUUCUGAAGAAACUGAUUGAUGAGAUGUUGAUUGAUGGAGCAUCCCUUAACUCCGUGCACAUGAUAGGAGUGAGCCUGGGAGCACACAUCUCUGGCUUUGUGGGGCAGCUGUUUGAUGGUGCACUUGGAAGAAUCACGGGUCUUGACCCAGCAGGCCCUUUGUACAGAGGAAAACCACCCAGUGAGAGGCUGGACCCUACAGAUGCACAGUUUGUUGAUGUCAUUCAUUCAGACACGGAUGGACUGGGUUACAGAGAAGCAUUAGGCCACAUUGACUUCUACCCCAACGGUGGGACCGACCAGCCUGGCUGCCCACUGACAAUAUUUUCUGGAUUGCAGUAUUUUAAAUGUGACCACCAGAGGUCUGUUUUCCUGUUCAUGUCAUCCCUGAAACAGAGCUGCAAUAUCACGGCAUACCCGUGUGACUCCUACAGGAAUUACCGGAAUGGCAAGUGUGCCAGCUGCGAAACCUUCUGGCCUAUGCCAUGCCCCAUCCUAGGUUAUUAUGCCCAUGAGUGGAAAAGCUAUUUAACACAACAGAGCCAUCCAGUGACAAGUAUGUUUUUUGAUACGGCAGACAAAGAGCCAUUCUGCAUUUAUCACUACUUUGUGGAUAUAAUUACAUGGAACAAAGACACCAGAAGAGGCACCUUCAGCAUUGUACUAGCUGAUGAAACUGGGAAGGAGGCAGAAUCUAAAGUUAACCCAGAAGCUUCAGCCUUUCAGCGUUACAAGCAAAUCACUUUGCUAGUUGGAUUUGACCAGGAUCUUGAAAAUAUAGAAAGGAUUUCCCUGACGUUUUCCACAGGAUCUGUCAUUGGCCCAAAAUUCAAAUUCAGGAUUCUCCAAAUGAGGUUCCGGUCACUUACAAAUCCAGAAAGACCACAGCUGUGCAGGUACGACCUUGUGCUGAUGGAGAACACCAAACACACCUUCAAGCCUAUCCCAUGCUGAGGUAGGAGCUAAGACCUGCAUGUGUCACAUCUGACGGUGACAGCCAUCCACAGCCUUCUGGGGACUCACCCGAAAGCUCCUCGGCACCUUCUGUGGAGACCAGACGACAGCGCGGCAGGGCACUUGUACCAAUGACCUGAUUCAUAAACGGGGCUGUGGAACAGACAUGAGAAACACGCUGUCCUGCCGUGCUUCUGGGAUGCGGGACCGCCUCUGUGCCCUGGGAGGAGGCGGGUC